UCGCGACAGAUCCCAUCCAACAGCGAUCAUGGGCAGUUCAUUUUUGCUCUUCGAAAUCUACCUCGAUUUUCCGGCGCACCUUCGAGAAUUUCCCUCGUCGAUGGCGCUCUCGCAACCCGCGGGAGAUCCGGGGAAACCCUCGAAAAACACGCUGGAUGUGGUCUUGUACUCGGUAAUCACGACGGUUAUUUCCGCUUUCGGGGUAUUCACCAACGCCCUCUCGUUGAUUGUGCUGCGUAGGAAGGAGCUGAACUGGUCAGUUUACACUUAUCUAACAGUUCUAGCGGCGGCGGAUUUGGCUAUUUCGAUUAUGUUUCUAUUAGGCGGACUAGCCAGAGGGACAUUUUGUUCGACCAGUUUGUUCGCCUACGACACCUCCAUAGGCCUACCGGUCGCCGGAACGAUAAACUCCAUGGCGGUUUUAGCGACAGUAGGAGUCACUAUAGAUCGCGUGUUUUACCUUUGGAACCCGUCCAGAUGCGGCAGACCGAAGUUUUGCGAUCGAAAGGUAGCGAGAAAAUCGAUGAUUGUGGGAUUAAUCGCGUGCAUCGCGAUAAAUUCGCCCUAUUGUUUCAUAUUCGAGCGAAACGCGCGCGGCGAUUUGAUCGUCUCCGAGUUUUUUCGAUCCAGAAAUUACAUCUACUUCAACUGGUUCAUGUUAUUCCUGCUAACCAUUAUACCGGGCGUCGUUUUGAUAUCGGGCAACUUUUUCCUGCUAACCGCCCUGCAGAAAGCGAGACGCCUCAGCGCGAAGUGCUGCAGCACCGGGAAAAAACUAAAUGCAAAGGAGCACACCGCCAUGACUGCGACCCUCGUAUGCGUGAUAACGCUCUUCGUCCUCACCGAGAUACCGGCGAAUUUGCUGUCGAGGACCAGGGCCGUAACGUUGAUAUUCAUCGGGGGCUACAUGGACGCCGAUUCGGAGCUGUUGGAGGCGACGAGGGCGGUUUGCACCCUGCUGGGCGCCCUCAACGCCACCGUAAACUUCCUCUUGUAUUACCUGUUUUGUCCGCCAUUUUGCAGGGCGCUGCGCGCCACUUUCGCUUCGAACAGAAACGUCCAAAUCAAUGUGAUUGUGUUGAGUGAUCACUACAGGAAAAUUUUGCGGUCUUUAUUCGAAAAAAACCACCGCGGAAAUGCUAGUACUAGCGUUGUUCGUGCUACUACGGAGCCGGAAUAUUUAACUGUGUCUUUGUAGGUAAUAAAAAAUUUGGUGUA